GUAGGAUCAAAGCUUGGGAUGAACAAAUAACAAUGAAGCAGAAGGAGCUGGACCAUCUUACUGGUCCAGUAGUUACUUCAUUUUCCACCGAGAAACUGCCAGAUAGUGCUUUUGGCUUGCAGCCUGUAACAGAACAAGAGAAUGGAUUUGAUCAUCAGACAGCCAGGGACAGAGAGCCUUCCAUUGACAUCUCCUCUCUGCAUCUCAAUCAGACAACGAGUGGUCAUAAAACAUCUGAUGAAGAGGUAAAUGCUGAAGAGAUCCAUGAGGAAAACAUCCAGGAUUUACUCACCUGUAGUACUUCCCCAGAGGAAGGAAGUAAGGAGCUGUGGUCCAGUCAACAGUUUUGUGACCAGAAUCAGCCAGAGGACAUGCACACUGAGGAGCAGGAAGAGGAGACUUCACAAGAACACCAGGAGAAGCUGCCCACAGUUUUCUAUGCAGAGGAGAUUUUUGAGAGUGAGAUGGAGAAGGGAGCAGCUACACAUGAAGAGCAGCCACCACACGACAAGGACGAUGAGGAACUCGCUACUUCUUCUCAGCCUCCAUCUCAGGAGACUGAUCCUCAGUCAAAAAUUACAAUUGCGUCUUCAACCCCGACAUUCUCAUUUAACUUUAGCCCAGCCAGCUCCAAAGAUCAAGGGAGCUCUGAGACCAAAUCUCCAGCUUUCUUGUUCUCUCUGAACUCUGAUCCCAACACACCAGGCUUUCCUGGAUUUGGAUUUGAUGUGGGCUCAUCACAGGAGGAGGACUUUUUCGGUUUCACUGGAUCUUUGUUCACUGAGAAGAAAACCGCUGAAUCUAAAUCUUCAAGCAGCCCUCAAUUCCUGUUUGACCAACCAGAGACAUGCGAGGACUUCCAGUUUGCUUUUGCCACCAAGAGCCCUCAAUCAGCUAAAAAAGAAAAUAGUGGAAAUGAUUUUCCAUUUUCAUUCAAUUUCUAAGAGCUGUAAAAGUGUUUUCAAGUUAAGUUCUUCCAUCUUAUGUUGUGACAUUAGCGGGAGC